CCAGUGCCCUGUGUGCACAUGUACGACCUGUCAAAUGUGUUUGAUCUGUUUAUUUUUUUACAGGUGUGUGCAGCAAUGGAGUUGAAUGUUGCUAAAGUUAUCGUUCCAGCAGGAGGUAUUAUCAUCCUCCCAUUCCUCACUUUUAUUACCUUCCUCUUCUGGCCAGGAGCGCUGCUGAAGGCCUACAACUGGUUUAUACGUCGCAGGAUGGGGCUGGUGCUCAGCUACUCUUACAAUGGAAGUUACCGCUUUGGUUAUUUCAGCCGCGGUACACCAGGGGGCGCCGUUCCAUCGCUGCUGAUGCUUCACGGCUUCUCCGGCAGCAAGGACAUGUGGCUGCCCCUCAUUAAGUUCCUCCCCAAAGAUUUGCAUAUAGUGUGUGUGGACAUGCCGGGACACGAGGGGACGAGUCGCACCAGCGUUGAGGACUACAGCAUCCAGGGCCAGGUCACCCGGAUCCACCAGUUUGUGCAGAGUAUCGGUCUCGAUAAAAAACCCUUCCACCUGCUCGGGAUCUCGAUGGGUGGGAAUGUUGCUGGGGUGUACGCUGCCCGCUACCCCGCUCACCUGUCCUCCGUCAGCUUGAUGUGCCCGGCAGGUCUGGAUUCUCCCAAAGACUCUGAGUUCAUCACUCAUAUGAAGGAGCUGGAGGCGAGUCAGAAGGAGGAGUCGAUCAUUCUGAUCCCCAACACACUUCAGGAGAUGAGGAACAUGCUGAGACUCAGCUGCCACACCCCUCUUAACCUCAACCGACAGGUCCUCAAAGGUUUACUAGACAACAGAAUCCCCAACAACAGCUUCUACAAAGAAGUGUUACUGGAGAUCUCUGGGGAGAAGUCUCGUUACUCGCUGCAGGAAAACAUGCAUCAGAUCACAGUGCCCCUGCAGGUCAUCUGGGGGAAGGAAGACCAGUUGCUGGAUGUGUCGGGGGCAUCGCUGCUGCAGGCGGCACAUCCGAGCUGUCAGGUGGAGCUGUUGGACAACUGUGGUCACAGUGUGAUGGUGGAGCGGCCCAGGAAGUCUGCCAAGCUCGUCAUGGACUUCAUGUCAGCGCAUAAAGUCAAUGGAGAAGAUAAGAAACGGUCCUGAUGACCCCUGACCUCAUGAUGACGGUGAAGAGAGUGAUUGUGAAGAUGAAGAUUAGAAUAGUGAUGAUGUACAUGAUGAAGGCAAUGAUUGUGGUGGUGAUACACUGGUAUUGUUUAUUGUAAGACUUUUCCAAGACAGCCUUUAGAUAUGUUAACACUGAACAAACGCACAAACAUGCCUCCAACUGAAGUUACUCUGGAUUUCACACAGCACCAGGAUGUAAUCUCUGUUUUAGAUAUGAAAACCGAGUGAAAACAUUCCAUGUGAGGAUUUUUCACAUUUCUCUCUCAGAAAACUGUAUUUCUGUCUCGUUUCACUGAAUGACAGAUGUCUGUUUAUGUCUCAUCUGUCCUGCUGCAUAUUUAAUCUCAGAAACAUUCCGAUUUAUGAAUGGGAAAUUAUUGAUUUAUGUGUUAUUUGUAUAAACUUUUGAUAAAUUAUCACUUGUAAUCACUUGUUAAGGAUUUGCUAUGAAAAAUUAAAACUAUUUCACAGCUUAAA